UUCACGCUCGAAGUGUUACGACCAGUCUGUAUACAAAAAAUAUUGAUUUAUGUUACAGGUUGUUAUCUGUUUAGUUGUUACAUGAAACCUUAAUGGAUUUAAGUAUAGACACAGCAUAAACGUUUGCUACUAAAACUAUGACAUUCUGAUAGGAGAAUUAAGAAUAAAAACACCCGUACAACAAUGUCUAAAGAUAAUAUAAAGGGAUUUAUAUUAAAUAACAAUUUAUGUUUAAUUCAGUUAUGGAUAACAUUUAUAGUAACGUGUAGUAUUCAGUUCGCCUCAUGCGAACUUAUCAUUGUUCAGACGGCGUUAGGCAAUAUUUCCGGUUCUAUUGAGGAAGUGACAUCAUACGAUGAUACCGGAAAUCCGUCAGUCAUGUUCUUCGCGCAGUACUUGAGCAUUCCCUACGCCGAACCUCCCAUCCGUUUCCGGCGACCUGAGCCUAAAACUCCGUGGGCUGGGGAGUACAACGGGACGUACUACCGUCCGGCAUGCUACCUCCACGGCGACCCAGCUAGGGUGGGCACAUUUGACGUGAAGACGGUGAUGAUGUCCGAGGAUUGCCUAACGCUCGAUAUAUACGCGCCAAACAGCACUAUCGUUAACCAGUCGUCACUUCCGGUGCUCGUUUUCUUAUACAGUUCCCCAGGAUAUUCCAGCGCCUUCGCUGCCGAUGUUCUGUGCACGGUAGGUGACGUCGUGGUUGUGGUGAUCAACUUCCGUCAAGGUAUGCUGGGUUUCUUUAGUCUAGGUAGCGAAGCAGCGCCCGGGAACUACGGCUUGUUUGAUCAGCAGAUGGCGCUACAGUGGAUUGCAAAGUACAUACAUAGUUUUGGUGGGGACCCCAAAAAGGUGACGCUUGUCGGUCAUUCUUUUGGAGCCUCGAACGCGAUCUAUCACACGCUGUAUCCGGGAAACAGGGGCCUCAUCCACCGUGUGGUCUCACUGAGCGGCACGGCACUGCCACCUUCGGGUGGUAAAUCUUAUGUGCGGAACUCUAUUGAACCGUAUGUGCUUGAGGAGAUAGGCUGUCAGCGGGCGUCAGAUGCAGAAAUAAUGAGCUGCCUUCGAGGAAAGAGUCUAACCGACAUAUUAAACGCCUUAGACGAAAAGUCGUUCACGUUUAGACCCUCAGUUGACGGCACGUUCCUGCGCUCUGAUCCGGAAGUCAUGAUGACCGACCAGGCGAAGGUUGACAACUAUACAGAGGAGCUGGGAUUCCUGAACGUAGAUCUGUUGCUUGGCCUGAACAACAUGGAGGGCGGGACUCAUGUUGCGCUGCUGUGGGCGGAGCGUUUGAACACCACUGACAACGAGUUCAAUGUUAGCAGGGCGGACAUACGGAAGAUCUUAGUUCCCAUGGUAAUAAACUUGACUUACGGUAGUAACAUAUCGCAAUCUAUUACGCAGACCGUUAACUUUCAUUACAACGACUUUACGGGCGCCGACGAUCCCCAGCGUCUACGGCAGCGCGUAGUAGACCUCUUUACGGAUGUGGACGUCGCGGCGCCGCUAGUUCGAACCGCAAACCUUCACGCAUCGCUAGGGCAAGGCAGCACCUACCUUUACCAGUUUUCGGAGCCUUUGAAUCUUACGCAGGCGCCUGUUUGGUUGUCGGGGGCCAACCGCGCCAACGACGUCCACUUCCUGUUUGGAUUCAGUGAGCGAGGUCUGCAGUUUGUGAACCACGUGACGGGAUUCACGCCGACCGUGGAACAGAGGGCUCUGUCAACAAAGCUCAUCAAAAUGAUCGCACAUUUUGCGAUAACUGGAAAUCCAAAUCCGCUCAACGCCGCUGGCGAUCCUCAGUGGCCUGAAUAUGACGCCAUGAGCAUGACGUACCUAGACAUCUCCGCAGCGCACGUGACCCCCAAACACCACUUCCGGGAGCCAUUCAUGACCUUCUGGACGAGCGUGGUACCGGAACUGCUCACUGCGACCUCGCAGAACGCGACUUCUCCGCUUGUGUGCCCUGAGGAAAUCGGUCACAUAAUUAAAGUAAACUUAGUCUCGGCUGAAAACAUCAUCAUCGCUCUCUCCAUAGUCUCCUUCUGUCUGCUAUGCGCAUGCGUGUUGCUCGUCUGCUUAUCGGUAGCGAGGGAGCCGACAUUGUAUAGCAACAGCAAGUACGCGGUGAUGAAGACCCCAAACUUGAGCGAGACCCCCUCUAUUUCGGGCCCGAGCGACAGCUGACUCUAACAGUCAUCGUGGGUCCUGUUUUAUAGCGCAGAAAAUGUGAAGCAAACCCAUUAAAUGAGCCUCGUUCUAAGAAACUUGGGCUUAAUGCAUGUGAGUAAAGUGUCGUCCCAGAUUAGCCUGUCCAGACCGCAUGUGAGUAAAGUGUCGUCCCAGAUUAGCCUGUCCAGACCGCAUGUGAGUAAAGUGUCGUCCCAGAUUAGCCUGUCCAGACCGCAUGUGAGUAAAGUGUCGUCCCAGAUUAGUCUGUCCAGACCGCAUGUGAGUAAAGUGUCGUCCCAGAUUAGCCUGUCCAGUCCGCAUGUGAGUGAAGUGUCGUCCCAGAUUAGUCUGUCCAGUCCGCACAGGCUAACCAUGGACGAUACUUUCCGCCUAGAUUGGAUUUUCUUUUAAAAGAAAUCUCCUUUAAAAGAUUAUUUUCCAUAAAAGCGGAAUGCACAGGCUAAUCUGGCAUGACACUGUAUGCGCAUAUAUUAAGCCCUAUUGUCCAAGAACGCGGCUCAAAUCAUGAACUUGUAUUAUUUAUUUAUGUUGCAGUCGGUUACGUCAGUAUUAUAUUUGUUUUAGCAAAAUUCCAUUUAAAUCAUUAACCUCUAGAUUUCUAACAAGUAACUUGACAUAUAUUACAUAUUCUAUUCACUAUUACAUUGAACGUUAUAUUGUCUUGCCAGUAGCAAGUAUCUCGCCAUAGUAUUAGUAUUCAAAUAUGUUCGUAUGAACUGAAUGUUUAGAGCAUUUUGCGUGGUUUUCGAUUGACGACGAUUGUACAACUGAUUGUUUAUAGUUUAUAACAUGUACGCUUAUGUGUUCUAGUAUUAAUGUAAAAGUAUAUGUAUAGAUUAGCGCAUUUAUUUACAAAUUGUAUAAAGUUUGUAUAUGUAUAAGUUACAAAACUAAUAUUCUAUGUGUUUAUAAACGUUUUAUAUUAUUAUUAUAAUUUAGAUAAUAAAAUGUACGAACAUA